AUGGAGGAAGACUACAUUAGAGUUAUUAACAUAACAGUGUUUGGAGUAAUCUCAUGGGGUCUGAUUUUCAUCCUCCUCUGUAGAAUUUUCUCAAACUACUCAUUCGAUUUCAGCACUCGUAUUGUCUCAGCUCUUCACGCCACAGUCGCUGUCAUUUUAGCAACUCUUACGAUUCAAGAUUGGUCUUGUCCAGUUUGUCCAACUGCUUCCACGUCAACUAUCCAGCAGAUGGAAACGAUGGCGUUUUCAUUGUCUUACAUGAUCUACGAUCUCAUUUGUAGUCACUUUGGUCAAGUCCUAAGCAUUGAUAAUGCGGUUCAUCAUUCUAUCUGCAUGCUUGGUUUCGUAGCUGGACUUUGCUAUUGGGUUUCUGGCUAG